AUGAGUCAGGAUGACAAUACUCAGUUGUUUCCUUUUCAAAAGUUACCAGCCGACUGUCAGGUAUACAUUUUCUCUCAUUUAAACAGUAUUGAGAAAGCAAAAAUUGCCACUGUGUGUAAAUCCUGGAACGAUCUACUACGAACCCCAAGGCUGUGGAACUGUGUAGAUUUUCAUAUACUCACCUCCUGUGAUUGCACCAUUUACAUCGGUAUAGGUAACCGAAGACCUGUCAAUACAUGCGAGAAAUGCAAAUCACUAUCGCACUAUGUAGACUUCAAGCAAAGGUGUUAUCGGUACAUAGCUCAUUUAGCCGAGAGGAGAGCAGUUAUUAAAAGUCUGAAGUUUCAGUUUGAUCUCCAUGAGGAUAAAAAUGUUUGGUUGAAAUUAUUGGUUUAUGCCUUGAAUAUGACAACCGUGAAUGAACUCAGCAUUGUUGAUUGUAAUUGGACAGUGACGGGAGAAAAACCCAGCUCACUGUAUGUAACUGAUGAUUUCAUGGAAAAGAAAAAGGAGCAGCGUGUUGAGGCAUUACAAGGUUUUUUACUUGUUCUGAAUAAACAUUCCCCCAACAUCAACACUUUGCGCUUGGAAUUUGAUUGGUCUGAAACAUCACUGGAAUUACUUUCAUCCUUCAAAGAAAUAAAAUGUUUGGAACUUUAUCGCUUUUGGGUUUAUAAAAGCAUUCCGCAGGAGAGAAUCAACUUUCUCUUAAAUAAUGCCAAAAAACUGGAAUCCUUGAAACUGGAAAUAUGGGUACCGUACCAACAUGAAGAAUUGCAUCCACAGUUCAGUUUAAUGUCUUCCACAUUGCAGUACCUUGAUGUCUCUUCCUCUAAAGGGUUUUUCAUUAGGAGUUUAAAUAUGCCACAGCUGAAAACACUGAUUAUUGUACGACUGCCAUGGAUUGGUCCACUCCUUCCUGUGAGUAUGCUAGACAUCACAUGUGUUUAUGAUGUACUCAGGGAGGGGGCCCCUAAAUUGGAACAGAUCAACCAGCACAAGUUAUGCAGUGAUUGGAAAAAUUUAUGUUACCCAGAGUUAGAAUCACAGUUGAAUCACACAUGUUAUUGCACGAAACACAAAAAAGGCUGGGCAUUGUAA